CUGGAGCGGGAGCGCUGAGUUGUCGGGCGGCGGGACAGCGGCCCGGAAUAGGGGGCGGGGGCGUUGGUCAUGUUUCCCUUCGGGCCCCACAGCCCGGGCGGGGACGGGGCGGCUGGAGCUGAGGAGCCGCCGCCUCUCGGAGGGCCGGCGGCAGCUUCCAGACCGCCCUCUCCAGCUCCGCGGCCGGCGUCUCCACAGCGAGGAGCUGACGCGGCCUCUCCCCCGCCGGCCACCGGGAGCCCUCGCCUCCGGGGCAGCCCGGCAGUGUCCCCAGCCGAGCGCGCCGGAGAGCUCGCGGCCCCCGAAGCUCUGGAGUUGUCCGCUGCCGCGUCGCAGGCAGAGCUGUCACCCUCCUCCUCGCCCCGCAGACGCUCGAGGCCAGACUGUAAGGCGGGCAGUUGGAGUCGGCAGGGCCUCAGCGCCGGCCUGGGCGGCCCUGGUGCCAGACUGUUCGGGUGGCUGAGAGAGCGAAGCCUCGGUCGCGGGCUGUUCGUGGACCCGGCUCGGGACAAUUUCCGCACGAUGACUAACCUGUAUGGUUCCAUCCAUCCCGCAGACUCAGUGUACCUCAGCACCCGCACCCACGGUGCUGUCUUCAACCUCGAGUACUCGCCGGACGGGUCAGUGCUGACAGUUGCUUGUGAACAGACUGAAGUUCUGCUUUUUGACCCUAUAUCUUCAAAGCACAUAAAAACCCUUUCUGAAGCACAUGAAGACUGUGUGAAUAAUAUCAGAUUUCUUGAUAACCGGCUAUUUGCUACCUGCUCUGAUGAUACCACAAUAGCACUAUGGGAUCUGAGAAAAUUGAACACCAAAGUAUGCACUUUACAUGGUCACACUAGCUGGGUGAAGAACAUCGAAUAUGAUACUAAUACAAGACUCUUAGUAACAUCAGGAUUUGAUGGAAAUGUCAUUAUUUGGGACACUAACAGGUGCACAGAAGAUGGGUGUCCACACAAAAAAUUCUUUCAUACACGUUUUCUCAUGCGAAUGAGAUUAACACCAGAUUGUUCCAAAAUGUUGAUCUCAACGUCCUCUGGAUAUCUCUUGAUUUUGCAUGAUCUGGACUUGACUAAGUCUUUAGAAGUAGGCAGCUAUCCCAUUCUGAGAGCAAGAAGAACUACUUCAAGUUCAGAUUUGACCACUUCAUCAAGUUCUUCUGGUUCUAGAGUUUCUGGUUCACCUUGUCAUCACAAUGAUUCAAAUUCAACUGAGAAACACGUGUCACGAGCCUCUCAACGAGAAGGAGUUUCACCACGAAAUAGUCUUGAAGUCUUAACCCCUGAAGUUCCUGGUGAGAGAGACCGGGGAAACUGCAUCACAUCCUUACAGCUGCAUCCCAAAGGCUGGGCCACCCUCCUCCGGUGCUCAAGCAACACUGACGAUCAGGAGUGGACCUGUGUCUAUGAAUUCCAAGAAGGAGCUCCAGUGCGACCUGUCUCACCUCGCUGUUCCCUGCGGUUGACUCAUUACAUCGAAGAAGCGAAUGUUGGCAGGGGCUACAUCAAAGAACUUUGCUUCAGCCCUGAUGGACGAAUGAUUUCUUCCCCACAUGGCUACGGGAUUCGCUUGUUGGGAUUUGACAAACAGUGCAGUGAGCUUGUUGACUGUUUACCCAAAGAAGCCAGUCCCCUGCGGGUGAUUCGUUCUCUGUACUCUCACAAUGACGUGGUUCUGACAACAAAGUUCUCUCCAACACAUUGUCAGAUCGCCUCAGGGUGCCUUAGUGGACGGGUCUCUUUGUAUCAGCCAAAGUUUUAGGCACAACUUACAUCAAAUGAGGAACUCUUCUGGUGUUUGGCUUAUAAAUUACUUCAAUUUAGGUGAAGUAUUUUCUUUUUUAGAAGAUCUUAUAAGUUUGGAUCAAGCUCUUGGUUCUUAUGGGUCAGUGAACAGAUGUGUGACCUGAGUACUUGGCCUUCCAGCAUCAUCCGGGCAUCACCAUUUCAACCACACGGCCCUGUCCUGUCAGCAUUCCUUUGCCCUGGUCUGUGCCCCUGAGCUUGGGUUUUCUUGGUCGUUUUGCAUGUGGCUUAUUCUCCUACCCCCGUCUCCACUGUUCCCUGCCUCUUUCCUCCUCUUUGAUUUUGGAAUGAAUUUUAUGGACAUUUGGCAGGAGCCUUGGUUGGGAUGAGAAAACCCAUGGCACUAGUAUUAAAUAAAACCCAGAAGUUGGAUGUUGGCACACUGGUUAUUGAGAAAGUUCAUCUGCAUCUAUCGGUAUACUUGGCCUUUAGAGUUACUGUCAGAUACUGAGCACAGGGAUGGCGUUACUCUCAUAACUGUUAGGAACUCUUGCAACAAGGUAUCUUUUUAAAGUUUCCUGUUAAAAUUAUACACGUUAUCUCAUGUGAGAUUUUGUUGUGAAAUUCUAGAAAACACUACAACCUUUCUGUAUGAUUUAUGUCGCUGGUAUGAAUUUAGUCUCCAGCAUCAUGUCUUUACUUGCUAUUUUGUUCAGUCAGCAGCAUUGGAGAGGAAAGGAGAAGCAAUAAGCUUGGUCAUUUCUGUUGUACAGAAGAUUUAUUCAUUAGGUUGGCACAGUAUCUGGCCAAAGAGUGAGGAGAUUCAUGUGACUUAGAUUGGCUAUGAUUCUUUUAAUCACACAGAUGAUGUGUUUAUAGUCAUGGGGUGGGAGGGAAAUCAAGUAAAGAUUUUAUUGUGUUUGUUCCUUCAACCAGGAAUCAGUUCUCAGUGUUAGUAAGAAGGGAGCUGCAAUCCUCUUUAAGCUGCUGUCAGACCUAGAGUCAGGGACCUGACUGACACUGCUGUCUUGUGUUUGGUUAUGGAAAGUCUGGGAGACAGUGUGUAAGUACAGGCUGCUCCUGUUUGAACAGACCAUGUUCUGCCAGGCUCUGCUACGUUGGCUGGCUGGCUGGUUGGCUGGCUAGCUGGCUGGUUGGCUGGCUGGUUGAUUGAUACUGUGUUGAGAUAUAUUAGAAGCUGGAAUUUAGGCCAUGCAGUAGCAACUUUGCUCUCUUUGGUUGCAUGCCCUUUCCAUUGUUCCUCUAGUAUUAGGAUGCAGAUCCCAGAAGGACUUGUAAAAAAUGCAGGAAUCUGGGCCAGACCUUAAAACUGAUUUAGGUAGGGAAAGGACAGGACUCUUGUAAUAAACGGAACCGCACAUCUGCAUCCAGGUGGUCUCUAGGUCAUAGUUUAAAAUACAACUUGAAAUGGCAGUAGAUAUUUCAUUAUCCAUUUGGUGCUUAACAUAAUUCCCACAAGAUGUUUCAUCUAUCUAAAUAGUUAUAAUAUAGCAAUUUUAGAGUAGAAAAUAACUUGAAGUGAUAUCCAGUUCAUUGUUGGACAAAUGAAAGAGGUCACAUGAUUUGCCUAUGGUCAUACAAAGUUAGUGGUAAAGUCAUACAAAGUUAGUGGUAAAGUCAGGGCUUUGAUUCAAGUCUCUUAAUUCCUUGCUCAGGGUAGCUUCUUCUGUAUAUGCUGGCUUUAAAAAACAUCAGUGCUUGUGGGCAUUUUGUCUUUAGGUUAUAUAUUAUUGUAAAUAAGAUGAUAAGAUUGAAGAAGGAAGAAGGCAUGGGAGUAGAUGCUGAGAGUUUCAUCCAUAGGAAAAAGUAUUUCAGUACUUACAGAAUUGCUUAAGCGAUCCAAACAUGAAUGAACACAACAGUUCUCUCUGGUUCACACACCUGUAAGAGCUUGAGUCUCACUGAGAACAAUGCUAACUCUGGGACAAUCUUUAACACUAAAUCAACACUCCUUAUCAUAGAUGUUGGAAACGCUGGAAAUUUUGUACUCAUUGAAAAAAACCAAACAAGCACAAUGAGAAUCCUAGGCUUGCUUGCCAUAGCUUUUGAUGAAAGUUUUUUCCCCAAAGAGAAUAGUUAGAGAAGAAAUACAGCAAUUAAGAACUCACAAUUAAAAACUAUUUUGUAUAAGGAUUAAAUUGAUACUCAAAAGAGUUCAUAAAUGAUAUCAGUUUGGAAAGAGUUCUGUGUCAGAUGUUAUACCCACAUGUCACCUAACUCAAGCCAGGGAUCCUUGAAUCAACUGUCUUUGAAUACCUACUAUGUGUCGAAGAAUGUGUCUGCUUUAAUAUACCAAGGGGCCCCUACAAAGGCCCUUACAAGGUAGGUGGGAUGAGUGUCAAUCAUGUUGAAAGUAGCAAUGUGUCAAAAAAAUGGAGUGUGACUUGCCUGAAGCCACAGAUGGCCGAGGGGCAGCACUGGGUUCAGACUGACACUUGCCUGUUGAUUUUACUGCUGAGUUCUGUAGUUCAUGUUAGUCUAUGUGCUUGCUACCAUCUGCACAUCUUUAUUACAAGGCUGGCCUCCUUCCCUUCAGUACUGCAUAAAAGAUCAUUUCAACACUGAUGUUUCCAUGAGAUGGAGAUUAUAAACUCAGGCCAUUUCUAACAGAAAAAUUACUCAGAUGAGCACCCAUGGUGUAGAAAAGGUGCAGGGGAGUCAGCCUUGUAAGGACGCAAAACCACACAGAUGAGGGCUGACAAGAGCCAGCAAACUUGGCAGGGAACCUUUGCCCUCUCUGAGGUCUAGUCAGGAUCAAGACAAAAUCAGACAGUACUAGCCAGGGAAUUGAAUGGCCGCCCUUUUUGGUUUUGGUUUUGGCUUUUUAAGACAGGGUUUCUUUGUAUAGACCAGGCUGGCAUCAAAUUCACAGAUGUCCACCUGCCUCUGACGUCCAAGUGCUGGGAUUAAACACAUGUGCACCCACAGCCUGGCCUUAGGGUCUCAGUCUAAAACUCUGGUGUUUUUUACUGUUUUAUGUAGUCAUUUUUAUUAUAAUUGGUAGAAAUAUAUUUUAAUUGAUAAUGAAGCUAUUACUGUUGGUAAACCUUGGUAAAUAAAUCAUUCUCCUAAAUAAAAGCUUCCUUUGGAAGAGUCAACAGGAA